AUGGAAAAGAUACCUCCUUCAAGCAGUUCACAACACAAUGUCACAACAUCAGACACACAAAUCGGGGUACCAGAAAAUGAUAAAGAAGCAAAUAUAAAAACAGUGAAGACAAAGACUCUGCUUGCGUACCACUACUACUACGCAUUGUCCUUCCUCCCACAAUAUCGUGAUGUCACAACUUUCCUCCAAGUCAACAAAAAGUGUAAAACCCUAAUAGAAACCCUCCCGUAUUAUUUGUACACAAAGCCACACCCAUCGCCGAUCUUCCCGAAGUUACUUUUUGCGGAUAUCCGGCACAACGUGUCGGCGAAGUUUUUGCAAGAACUGAUCAUGACGUCGAAGAAGUUAGUUUCGCUGCGAUUUGUCAUAGGGACGGAGAACUGCAGAGGAGUCAACAAACUCAUCUCACUCUUGGAAAAGAGUCAAACGAACUUUUUAAAGAACAUCAAACUAACGAUUGAGAGUAAACUUAAUAUUAAUAAUAUCAUCAGUCGACCCUUUCUGAAUAUCGAGACAUUAAUAUUUGAUUGGCUCUAUGGAUAUACUGCAACCACAUUCAAUACCAAUUUGAAGUCGUUUGAUAUCACCCUUUCACGAAGUACAGACUUGUGUCAGUUGGUUGAUUUCUUCUCACACUUCUUUUGUAAGCGAAUAGUCGUUCGCGUCGAGUACGAGGCAUUUUGGGACGACAUCCGAUUCAUUGCGAAAAAGCUUCAUACUCGGGACUGUAAGUUGACGAUCUUCACAUCGCACUCAUUAAUCUCAGAGUCUCCCGACUUGGACGAAAUGAAUGAAAUACCCAGUGGCACAAUUGUUGUAUUAAAAGGAGGAGAUAUCUAUAUCAAUGGCUUUAUCUGUCACUCUGGAGAGAUCAUAGAAGACCAUUUAAAGUACUAUGAAGGCAGUAAUGCGGCGACGGUGUUACCUCCCCUCUUUGAAGUGAAUAUCACUGGGAAUAGUUAUAGACGAGUCUGA